ACACUCUCUCUCUCUCUCUCUCUCUCUCUCUCUAUAGCUACUUUUUUUUUGGGUAGUGUAAAAAAAAAAAAAAAGCGAGAAAAGGAAAUUUCGAGAAUUUGAGGGGGUUUUCCGAAAUAUAUUCGCCAUGGAUGGAUAGAUGAAGAAGCUCCGGGAUCCUUCUCCGCCGCACUCGCAGCUAGGGUUUCACCUCCUUCGAUCGAUCGAGUGAUUUGUCGUAGAAUCGAAGGUUUCGCGACAGUUUGAGGAGAAGAUGCAGAGAGUAGUAGUGCCGCCUCGUCCCGAGGAGUACUCCUUGAAGGAGACCACCCCGCACCUCGGCGGCGGUGGGGCCGCGGGCGACAAGCUCACGACCACCUAUGAUCUCGUUGAGCAGAUGCAGUAUCUCUACGUUCGGGUCGUGAAGGCCAAAGACCUGCCCACGAAGGACGUGACGGGCAGCUGCGACCCCUUCGUCGAGGUCAAGCUCGGCAACUACAAGGGAACCACCCGCCAUUUCGAGAAGAAGACCAACCCCGAAUGGAACCAAGUCUUCGCUUUCUCGAAAGAGCGGAUUCAGGCGUCGCACUUGGAAGUCGUGGUCAAGGACAAGGAUUUCGUGAAGGACGACAUUAUCGGGCGGGUGGUUUUCGACCUCACUGAGAUCCCUAAGCGGGUCCCGCCCGACAGCCCGUUGGCCCCCCAGUGGUACCGGUUGGAGGACCGGAAGGGGGAUAAGGUGAAGGGGGAGCUCAUGCUGGCUGUUUGGUGGGGGACUCAGGCCGACGAGGCUUUUCCUGAUGCCUGGCAUUCUGACGCCGCGACCGUCCCCAGCGACGGCCUCGCGAAUAUUAGGUCGAAGGUGUAUCUCACUCCUAAGCUCUGGUACGUGCGUGUUAAUAUUAUCGAAGCCCAGGAUCUUCAACCUAGCGAUAAGAGCCGGUUCCCCGAAGUCUAUGUUAAGGCCAUAUUAGGGAACCAAGCUCUUAGGACCCGUGUAUCUCCGAGCAGGACGAUUAAUCCGAUGUGGAACGAGGAUUUGAUGUUCGUGGCGGCCGAGCCGUUUGAGGAGCACCUGGUUCUAAGCGUAGAGGAUCGGGUCGCACCCAACAAGGACGAGGUAUUGGGGAAGGCAAUCAUCCCGUUGCAAAAUGUGGACAGAAGGCUUGAUUAUAAGGCCGUAAACACCCGGUGGUACAAUCUUGAAAAGCAUGUGACAGUCGAUGGCGAGCAGAAGAAGGACACCAAGUUUUCUAGCCGGAUUCAUGUGCGAAUUUGCUUAGAAGGCGGGUACCAUGUAUUGGAUGAGUCAACUCACUAUAGCAGCGACCUAAGACCCACCGCGAAACAGUUGUGGAAGCAGAGCAUCGGAGUUCUCGAAUUGGGUAUUUUGAGUGCUCAGGGGUUGCUGCCGAUGAAGACUAAAGAUGGGCGUGGGACGACAGAUGCUUAUUGUGUUGCCAAAUACGGGCAGAAAUGGGUCCGCACGAGAACCAUCAUAGAUAGUUUCACUCCCAAAUGGAACGAGCAGUACACGUGGGAGGUCUACGAUCCGUGUACUGUUAUAACGAUCGGAGUGUUCGACAACUGUCACUUACAAGGGGGCGAGAAGGCGGCGGGUGCGCGGGAUAAUAGAAUCGGGAAGGUGCGGAUCCGUCUCUCUACUCUCGAGACAGAUCGGGUUUACACCCAUUCUUACCCUCUCAUCGUGUUACUUCCUUCGGGAGUGAAGAAGAUGGGAGAGGUUCAAUUGGCCGUCCGAUUCACGUGCUCCUCUCUCCUCAACAUGUUGCACCUGUACUCCCAGCCGUUGCUGCCGAAGAUGCAUUACCUUCACCCUCUGUCCGUGAUGCAGCUUGAUAAUCUGAGGCACCAGGCCAUUCAGAUAGUCUCGAUGAGGCUAGGCCGUGCUGAGCCACCUCUGAGAAAGGAGGUAGUGGAGUAUAUGCUCGACGUGGAUUCACACAUGUGGAGCAUGCGAAAGAGUAAAGCCAACUUCUUCAGAAUCAUGGGCGUGUUGGGCCCUUUGAUCGCCGUGGGGAAAUGGUUUGAUCAGAUUUGCCACUGGAAAAACCCUUUGACUACAAUACUAAUCCACAUCCUCUUUGUGAUAUUGGUUUUGUACCCCGAACUGAUUCUCCCGACGAUCUUUCUCUACCUCUUCUUGAUCGGGGUUUGGUACUACAGAUGGAGGCCGAGGCAGCCGCCCCACAUGGACACGCGUCUCUCCCACGCGGAGACCGCCCACCCAGAUGAGCUCGAUGAGGAAUUCGACACUUUCCCGACAUCUCGGCCACCCGAUAUCAUCAGGAUGAGGUACGACCGUCUGAGGAGCGUCGCGGGGAGAGUACAGACGGUCGUGGGCGAUUUGGCUACGCAGGGAGAGAGGCUGCAGUCGCUCUUGAGCUGGCGGGACCCGCGAGCCACCGCGCUGUUUGUCGUGUUCUGCCUGAUCGCCGCCAUCGUGCUCUACGUCACGCCGUUCCGUGUUGUAGCCUUUUUGACGGGCUUAUAUGUGCUAAGACAUCCGAGGUUUCGCCAUAAGCUCCCGUCGGUUCCGCUCAACUUCUUCAGGAGAUUGCCCGCGCGAACCGAUAGCAUGUUGUGAGAGCAGGUAUAUCCGCUCCGUGUUCCGGUAAACAAGUAUUGUUUACGUCUCCGUGGGAUUCCGCGCCUCGUCAACUAGUAUGCUGUUCUUGUUGGACUGUCUUGUUUUGUUAUCAUGUUUUUUUGUUGGUUCUUCAGUUUCUUUGUACUGCUUUCCUCUGUUAAUUUGUGAUGGUGCUGCUUUUGUUCGACUCGCAUCGUAUUUAAAUCCUAUGAGUAGAUCAUCUAGUAUCGGUAGGCAUGAACCUGUCUUUCUAUUACUGUAACAUAGUUUCCGCUGACAUGCUGUAGUAUGCUUGUUAGGCCAUUUUCAUGCUUCUUUUUGUUAGGUGUUUAAGGCUUCCGCUAUUCAGCUUGUAUGUUAUGGAACUUCAUCUUAAAUCGUGCGAUAUUUCAUGAUUCCAGUUUAGCA